AUGGUUCUUGUAGAGAAUUGGAUGCCUCCCUCAAGGGAAAACUGGGAAUUAAUCGUUUGGGGAUUUCAAUGGUUUCCAUUGGUAACAAUCAUUCAAUGGGUUCAACCAUGGUACGGUGCAGGCAAGACCUCAUCAAAUAGUCGAUUUAAUCUUCCAGGAAAGCUGGGCUGGAUUACGAUGGAACUGCCUGGGCUGGUGACUAUGCUGUACAUUAUGUAUACGUUGCCCAAGGAGGUGGGGUUGAAUGCCUUGCCUUGGGAGAAUAAGCUGAUGGCGGGGCUAUAUACCAUACAUUACAUCAAUCGUGCUAUUGUUGGCCCUCUUAUCUCUCCUUCUAUGUCCCCCAUACAUUUUAUAGUUUGGCUUUCGGCGAUUGCCUUUCAAGUGACAAAUGCUACAUCACUGGGGUGUUAUUUUGCUGGUUAUGGGCCUCUUACAAGAGCUGAUUGGAAACCUACAUCGGGAAAUCCAUAUGUAAAUGGAGCACGUAUCGAGUUAGGCAUGAUGAUUUUCUUUCUCGGUCUCGUAAGCAAUAUAUUUCAUGACGAUGAACUACGUGAAAUCAGACGCGCGGCACUUCGAAAACAAGCAGCACAGAAUGACCCUUCAACCGGAAAAAACAAAGGCAAUACCAAAGUAGACAAAGUGUACAUGCUUCCUCAGAACGGUCUCUUCAACUAUAUUUUAUAUCCUCAUUAUUUCUGUGAGUGGAUCGAAUGGGCUGGUUUCUUCAUAAUGGCUGGAAGUGGUUGCGUGCCUGCAAGAAAUUUUCUCAUCAAUGAGAUAACUACGAUGCUACCAAGAGCUUUACAAGGAAAGGCUUGGUAUGUAAAGAGGUUUGGUAGAGAGAAGGUUGGGGCACGAAAGGCUAUAAUACCGGGGGUUUUGUGA